AAAAUCGGCCGAUUAUGAUCGGUGACCGAUCGAUCGGCCCACCUCUAGUAUAUAUAUAUAUAUAUAUAAAAUCCAUUAUCGUGGUUUUGUGAAAACUCUGGAGGGUUGAGGGGGAAACCUCUUGUGCACAGAAUAUUUAUAUUUGUUUUAUCUUCAGUAUCCCUUUGGCUCCAUGAUGGUUUUCUGGUCUCUGGUGGCUUUUAACAUUCAGUUUAUCUUAAGUCAUGUGGCACAAUAUUUCAGUUCAGUCGUGGUGUUUUUCUGGCUGCAUCAAUCUGUCCCAUGCAGAUAUAUUUUGCCUACACAACGUCAGUGCUGUAAAUCAGUGCUGUGCUGAGUCAGAUGUUAUGCUUUACAGGCUGGAAAUUAGCUUCCCUUAUUUGAGGAAAUUUUUUUUUUACUAUUGAUUGGGAUUGAUAAACAGUGUGACUUUGUGUUUCCCAGGUGGGAAUUACCGAGGUGUAUUUGCACUCGGCCUGGUUCAGGGUGAAUGGAAGAUGUAUGUGAAAGGACCACUGGACAGAGAGGAACGCAACCUCUACAUCAUCAAUGUCACCGCUAGUGAUGGACUCUUUGUUUCCCACACAAUUGUGGAGGUGACAGUGAUGGACAGCAAUGACAACAACCCCAUUUGUGACCAGGUGGUAUAUACAGCCAGCAUCCCAGAGGACCUCCCACUCAGCAGUGUUUUGCUGAGGGUUGGAGCUACAGAUGCUGAUGCAGGCAGCAACGCUCGGCUCAAGUACUCCCUGCAUGGUCCUGGAUCCCAGGACUUCAUUGUGGAUCCAGACACUGGUGAAAUCAAGUCAUCAGUGAUUCUUGACCAUGAGACCAAUCCCAACUACAGAUUAACUGCCAGGGCGACUGAUGGUGGAGGGCGGUGGUGUCGUGCCGAAGUGCAGCUGGCGGUGACAGAUGUGAAUGACAACCCGCCGCUUUUUACACAGUCGCAGUAUUAUGUCAGUGUGUAUGAAGACACUCCAGUAAAGGCUCUGCUCACUCGCAUCCACGCCGUAGACCCAGAUGAAGCAGGUCCGGGUCGCAUGGUGGUCUACUCCUUGGCUGACUCUGCUGGAGGUUUUUUCUCCAUCAAUGAGUCCACUGGCAUAGUAGUCCUGGAGCACAUUCUUGACCGGGAAGUCCAGCCGACUCAUCAGAUAGCCGUGCGUGCUUCUGAUCAGGGUUCGCCGCGGACGCUCUUCUCGCUGGUCAACAUCACAAUUACUGUUCUGGACAUCAAUGACAACCCGCCUGUUUUUGAGUGCCGCGAUCUGCUGGCAACCAUUCCAGAGGAUGUGGGAGUCGGUACUGAGGUUCUGAGAGUGCAUGCCACUAGCAAAGACAUUGGGACAAACGCUGAGAUCUCCUAUAGCAUCAGAUCAGGCAACGAACACAGGAGGUUCUACAUUCAUCCCCUGACCGGCGCCAUUUUAGUGGCCCUCCCUUUGGACUAUGAUACCUGCAAGGACUACUUUCUAACCGUGGAGGCUCGUGAUGGUGGCACUCCUCCUUUGAGUGCCAUUACUACAUUGAACAUCAACCUAACAGAUGUAAACGACAAUGCUCCAGUGUUCAGCCAGGCCCUUUACACUGCUGUGGUGCCAGAAGAUUCCACAAUUGGACAUUUUGUAGUGCAGCUGGUAGCAGAAGAUGCUGACAGCGGUCUGAAUGGAGCCGUCCUCUACUCUAUCUUCAGUGGAGACCAGGACAACGAGUUCUUCAUUGAUCCGACAAAUGGGGUCAUAAAGGUCAACAAGCCGCUGGACCGUGAGACAGUCCCCAGCUACUCAUUGGCUGUCAGAGCGCUUGAUACUGGAACCCCACCGAUGUCAUCCACCGCCGUGGUCAGCAUAGAGAUCUCUGACAUCAACGACAACCCACCCAGCUUCUUCCCAGCAAACCUUACUGCUGUCAUACAGGAAAACAAGCCCAUUGGCACCAGAAUCCUGCAGCUGUCCGUCAUCGAUCAGGACGCCCCUCAUAACGGCCCGCCGUUUUCCUUCAGCAUCCUGUCUGGAAACAAUGGCAGGGAGUUUGAGCUGGAGACAGGUGGCACACUGGUGGCAAAUCAAGUCCUCAGAAGGGACAUCGCCAAGGAUUAUGUUCUUCAGAUCCAGGUGUCAGACUCUGGGAAGCCGACUUUGUCCUCCUUCUCCAAUCUCACUGUUCGAGUGAUUGAAGAGAGCCUUCAUCGGCCGGUGGCCUUCCCACUGGAGAUUCAUAUCAUCACUAUGGAGGACGAGUUUCCCGGUGGUGUAAUUGGGCAGCUCCAUGCCACCGAUGCCGACCCUUAUGAUGCGCUGACCUUCGGACAUGCCGCCCCCUCCCAGCGCAGCCUAUUCAAGAUCAGCCCCCAUGAUGGGAAGAUCAUUGCCCUCAGUGGGUUGGAUGCUGGCGAAUACUUUCUCAAUGCCAGUGUUAGCGAUGGCCGCUUUAACGUGCCAGUUCCUGUGCAUGUCUACGUGGAGCAAGCAACACUGGAGAUGCUGCGCGACGCCGUGACUGUGCGCUUCGAAAGCGUAGCGCCACAAGAUUUUGUGUCGUCGUACCUGAAGAGCGUGUUGAAGGUGAUGCAGCAGGCGGCCACGUCCCAACAGCACGACACACUGCACCUGCUCAGCCUGCAGCCCGUUGGAGGCACACAGCAGCUAGACCUGCUCGUGUCCGUGGCAACAGCAGGAGGGGGCUACUACAAGGCAGCCUACCUCACCCAGAAACUCAGCACGUCUCGCCGAAAACUGGAGGACGUGCUCAGAGUGUCAGCCAUCCUGGAUAAGAACUGCUCUGGGUUGGAGUGUCGCGGAGCGCAGUGUGAACAGAGCAUCACUCUGGAUUCACACAACUUGGCUACGUACAGCACACCUCGAGUCAGCUUCGUUUCACCUCGCUUCCACCGGACCUCACGCUGUACAUGCCAUGAUGCCAGUUGUGCCGUUCUGUUAGAGCAGUGUGAGGAACAGCUGUGUCCUCCAGACAUGCAGUGUGUUUCAGUGGAGGCCACCAGAGGGCGCUAUGCAUGUCAGUGUCCACGAGGCAAACUGGGAGAGUGUGCAGGUCAUUCAUCUCUGAGCUUCUCAGGCAACAGCUACAUCAAAUACAGACUGUCCAACCAGCUGCAGACGGAGCUGAAGCUCACCCUGAGGAUCAGGACGCUGCAGAGCCGAGGAAUCAUCAUGUAUAUGCACAAUGAGCGGUGCAUUAUUCUCAAGUUAGAGGAAGGGAAGCUGUGGUUCCAGUUGUCCUGUGAGCCUCUCCCAAGCCGAGGCGCUGAGGGUCCUGACAUGUUAGGACCUGCUGGACGUCGCAUCAAUGACGGCAACUGGCACACUGUGGCACUGGAACUGAAUCGCAAUUUCAGUAGCCUGGCACUAGACGACAGCUACAUUGAGCAGCGGUAUCCCCCUUCAUUAAUACAAACAUUACCUCCAGAUCGGACGUUCUACUUUGGAGCUCUGGUGCAGCCCCCAAACUCGCGUAACCUUGUGGUCUCCCAAAAAGACCCCAGAGUGUUCGAGGGAUUCCAAGGAUGUCUUGACUCGGUCAUGCUGAAUAAUAAAGAGCUGCCUCUGCAGAACAAACGCUCGCAGUAUGCAGAGGUAGUGGAACUAACGGAGCUGAAGCUUGGCUGCAUUCUCUACCCUGAUGCCUGCCAUCAUCAACCCUGUCGCAAUGGCGCUACCUGCACCAGUCUGCCCUCUGGUGGGUUUACAUGUAGUUGUAAUCCCCAGUACACUGGAGGUAACUGUGAGAUGGAGAUAACGGUGUGUGUCCCCAACCCCUGUCAGAACAGCGGUGUGUGUAAACCCAUCGGUAACGCGUUCCUCUGCAGCUGCAGGAGAGGCUUCAGGGGCCUCAUGUGUGAGGAAGACGUGAAUGAAUGUGACCGAAACAACCCUGAGGGUGAAUGUGAGAACGGAGGCACCUGCAUCAACACUCCCGGCUCUUUCUACUGUAACUGCACGCCUGGCUUUGUGGGCCAGCGCUGCACUCUGCGACCCGUUGUUGUCCCAGACAUGCAGGCCGGUCAUGCUGUGGUUGGCAAGGAGGAGCUGAUCGGCAUUACCGGAGUGCUUUUCGUCAUUAUUGUCCUCAUCGUCCUCUUUAUUGCUUUCCGCAAAAAGGUUUUUAAUAAGAACUACUCAAGGAACAAUCUGUCUCUGGUCCAGGACCCAGCCACUGCAGCACUUCUCAACAAGGCCAACUGUGUUCCAUUAAAGACUUUACACUGCGGUCCCGGAGACCACCAGAACCUGUAUUCAGAGUCAGGAAUACAACCCACCUUGAUGGGAGGGGUUGGCAUAAUUGGACCGCCACAGGUGCCGGUGAGACCCAUGGCAUACACACCUUGUUUCCAAGGAGACCCACUCUCGAAGCUAGAGAAGCUGUCAGAGAAACACACCCUGGAUCACACAGAGAUGAGCACCUUUCACCCAGAAUCACCCAGAAUCCUCCCUGGAACCAUAAGGAGAGGGGUGGUGGUGUGCAGCGUGGCCCCCAACCUGCCCCCCAUCUCACCUUGCCGCUCGGAAUGUGACUCCAUACGCAAAAGCCCACUGGCCAGCGAUGAUGUUAAAGUGGUCAACAUAGCAGAGGGCGAGACGUGUUUCUCAGGCAGCAACUCAGAGGCCCAGUCCCUGAGCUCAUUCCAGUCUGACUCCUGUGAGGAUAACGCUUCCAUUGUGACUGUCAUUCGACUGGUCAACGAUGCAGUUGACACAAUCGAAAGUGAAGUGUCAGUUAUGGAUCGUGGUGAAACCUACAAUAGAGUAUUUGGUAACAUGGAACCACUCAGUCACUUUGGUAUACAAUCAAAGAAUAUCACUUACCACUGGGACACGUCUGACUGGAUGCCCAGCACCAGGAUGUCCGACACUGAGGAAGUGCAGAACUUCAGGUCACCGUCCGACAGUGACACAGCUGGCUUGGACUCUUCUCUGGGAGGCCCCACUCAAGAGCUGGAGUCUGAUUACUACCUGGGAGGUUAUGAUGUUGAUAGUGAUUACCCACUUCCACAUGAGGAAGAGUUCCUGAGCCAAGAGCAGCUCCCACCUCUGCUGCCGGGCGGGGAGGACUGCCCUGAACCCUGCAUACCACUGCUGUCCAAUGUGCCCGUUUCCAAAGAGACCAUCCAGAACACAAGCAGCAUAAGACAUCUGGACUGCAGGCCUCACUUCCACCCCAGCCAGUAUCUGCCCUCUCACCAGCUACCUACUGGGAAUGUACACCACAGGGACACCACUACACCAGUGGAUCAGGCAUCUCCAGUUAACGGGGACGUUGCUGUCUCGUUAAAUAUGCACCUAUCAGUUGGUACAGAGUCAACGUGUCAUUUGUCGACAACCUGUGUGCUGGACUCUGAACAUGGCAGUCCCUGUGACGGCCUGAACGAGGUUCGCCGAGGGGUGACCAUUAUCACUGACUCACAACAGCAGACUGAAGUGUGAUUAUGUGACUGACAGUUUGUAGGAAGCCCCAAAAGAACAGUGCAGUGCUACUGAGAUAAAAGGUCUUACAGGAAGUCAUGCUUCAGUAACACAGAACAGGAAUGACUUUAAAAACACAUGGCACAAUUACUGUCCUUCUGUCCAGUUGGACUCAGAAAUGGACGUCUGUGUUGGGGAACAGAGAUGUUUGUGUUCUGAUUCUAACACAUCUGUCAAUGACUGUAUUUUUGUUUUUAUCUCUUUCUUGAGAAGUGACUUUUUUGUUAGUGAUUAGGCAAUCUUAAACAUGCCACUAAAACUACUGACCUGAUUGGGGUUUGUUUCCUCUGCAGCUUGUUGGAAAGCACAGCAGCAAAGUGUGAUUUCAGGAAGAAAACGGCUUGUUGCAGUCAUGAGACUUGUUUAAGUCUCAUGACUGCAUAUUGACUUUUUUAUAUCAACAGUGGAGGCAAAUUGUUAUGUUGCAGGUUAGUGUGAAGAAAAAAAUUGGUCUGCUGGCAACUGUUCCAGACAAAAGAAAAAUGAUUAAAGUCUUUAUUAGAGAGAAGACAAAGUGACUGCAGAGUGGGCACCCUGUUAAACUAGAACAUCUCUGUGAGUAUUUAACAUGAUUAGCACUUCUAAACAGGCUCCAUGAUAAAUAGAACCCAAUUUGCUCUGAGAUUUUCAGCAUGCUGCAAAUUUGACAUGUUUUCUGACUGGUUGAUCUCCCAAAAUAAUACAUGAAAACAUUUUUUUACUAAAAACAUUUAGCUUGUUGCUCCUCUGCAGAGCGGCGAUGAUGGUCGGCCGACACCUCUUCUCAGCUGGUGUCUCUUUAACUUUUCUGAAUGUGUACAAGUGUUCAUGUCUUGAGUUUGAUCAGACUGCUGCUCCUGCAUCAGCCUGACUGAUCCUCUGCUUCAUGUUGCAGAAAUCUACCCAACCAACACAAGAUGCAUCAGAAACUACUGAGGAAAACUCCUGAUUCAGGGCUUAAACUCUCAGUAUCAAAUCUCCAGCAAGCAGUGAGUGGUUAACUGAGCUGCUAGAAUCAGACAUGAAAGUUGAUGUUGGAUCAGAUCGCUUCUGUUGAGAAGUUUUUACAAUCAUCUGAGAAUUUACUUGUACAUGAUAACAGAAGAGGAAUCAUAAAAUUUAGAGAGGCUUCAAUGUACAGAUGCACUAUGAAACAUUUACAAGAAAAAGCAUAAUGGACAAAGAUAUAGGAAUCAACAUAUUUUUGUGUACAGUAUGAGUAAUGAUGGAGUAAAGAUACGGGUUGGAAUAAAACCUCAUUCAGGACGGAUACCAAACGUUUGUUGAACCUCACUUCCCAGUGACCACUAUGUUAUAGUUUUCUUAUGGAAUGUAUUUGCUCUUAUAGUUUUCUUUAUCAGAGAACAAAACUCAUACCUCAAGUCAAGUCACUUUGGCCCUGAAACUGCAAUGCACUCCAACAUUCCACUGCCAACAUGUUUCCCAUUGCACAUAACAGGUGUUUUUGUAUCCCUUGUGAAACGUAGCAAGGACAAUGUCCUAAUAACUUUUCCAUUUGUAUUCCAUCAGUAUGUAGAACAUUUUGAGGGGAGUAACAGAGCCAAACAUGGCAUAAAAGUUGGACAGGUUCGUGUGAUAUCCACUAAAGCUCUUACAGAAUCCUUAGAACCUGGAAUUAGUCCUUCAUCAUGUGGCUCCCUAAUGGCUGAGGACACAGAGGAUCCAUCAGGUUGAAAAAAAAUAUGCUUGUGUUUUAUGUUUUUGGAAAGAUGUUUGUACAGUGUAAAUAGCUGACUGUUCAAAUGGAGAUUUUGUAGAUAUAACAUUGCAGUUCUGAGCUGCCUUUGGUCUUUCGGUGUUUUGUUGGACUUUUAUGCGAAUGUGUAGAACCUGGAAUAUCAGCUAUUUCUCCUCUGCCGUUUACGCUAUGCUAAGUACUUUUUGCAAGGUUUUUUAAUUCAAGAUGAAUGUCAUUUUAAGAUGAUUAAUUAACUGUGAACAGUGUUACAUUCGGAGAACCAAUCUGUAACUAUAAAUACAUUUAGUUCUGUUACAACAUGAUUACAGAUGUAAGGAGUCGUUUUGUACAUGCCUUUGUAAGUUGAAUGCUUAUGUUGAAUGGUUCAUUUCUUUCCUUCUUUCUGAGGACAAACAGUGUGAAAACUGCCUCUAACUGGCAUACGUUUAAAUAAACCAAUAACUGCAAUGCC